CCUAUAAAGCGGGAAAAUGGCGGACAAAGACAAAAAUUCGAGCACUUUACCUAUAUCGCGAGUAAAAACGAUUAUGAAGAGUUCCCCUGAUGUGUCAAGCAUUAGUCAGGAGGCACUACAUCUUACAGGGAGGGCUACGGAGUUGUUUAUUCACGAACUAGCCAAAUGUUCACUAGAGAGAAGUCAUCAGGGGAUGUCCGUUGGUUACUCAGAACUUGCUGAUAUCGUCAACUCAGAAGAGACACUCCAAUUUCUGCAAGAUAUAAUUCCGAGAAAAAUCAAGGUUUCUGAAUAUUACAAGAUGCAAGAGGAAGAGCAGACCUGAGAGGAGAAACCUGGAAAUGAGAAUGAUUGGACGAUGUCUGAACGACGUGAGACUUCCUGUUGGGACAGGAGAGAGAGUACAAAUGUGUUUACUGUGCACCCCAAGAAUUACCUGGUUGUUGGUCCAUCUGAGUACUUACAGACAAUCAUAGAAAGAGACAGGAAACCAUCUAGCUGACCACCUAUGUGUAGUUGAUUUUAUGGUUGGUUUGUGUACUGUAUACUAUGAACAAGUACAAUUAUUGUAGUUAUGACCAACUCAACCAACUCAUUUCACACUUUAUCAGAGGCAGAUCUAGGGGAGGGGCCCAGUUUUUUUUAUCCUUCAUAUGAUUGCAUUAUAAUCAUUCUGAACAUUUCUAACUGGCCGGGGGAGGGGGGUGUUGUGUCAUGUAAAUUGUACUCUUCCAAAGAAAUGUUUACUCAUUUGAGCUAUGUGUUAGUCUCUACCCCAGCUAAAUAUCCUAUUUCAUGAGUUUGCAAACAAUCAUUGAAACCCGGCUUCAGUGAAGUACUUGACACAUCCAGCUUGCUCUGCCUUUUGGUACUUUUAAUAAAACAUCGUGUGUUGGUGACCAAAUAAAUUAUUGUGUCUUGCAAGUGACCAAACUAAUUUAUUUAAAUCCACAGUACAGUGGACUCUGUCUAAACCGGACUCACUUUGUACCGUCGAAAUAGUCCGGUUUACAUAGAAGACCGGUUUAGACAGAGUUCAUCCAGAGUUAUGGUUCUUGAAUGAUCGACAAAUUUUUUAUUGAUUUAAUACACAUCAAAUAGCACAAGGAGUUUGUUGUUUUAACAAGUGUCACAUUGACUGAAUGAACUAUAUCGAAUAAAGAAACAUUCUAUUUAUUUAAAUAGCAAGUGUGAAAUCAGUUAGGUAUCAACACAAACACUAAUAUUAAUCCGAUUGAUUUAAUGGCCUACCGUAAUAAAAGUAAACUUCACAUGAGUGCGAUUACAUUUUGUAUUUGAUCUUGCGACGGCGUCCUGAUUACUUGGCAAUUGACGAUCAUUGUUCAACUAAUUAAGCAGCCCAUCGUUCAGUCAAAUCCUUUUCCGGUGUGGACAGAGUUAAUUAAUGCAUGAACGGUUCUUUCAUUCUUGAUUUUUGAUCCGGAGUCCGUAGACAGAAUAUGGAUUAGGCAGAGAUUUAUACCCAAGAGAUAAAUGGUAGCUGGACGGGGCUUUAGAAAUGGACCGGUUUACGCAGAGAUCCGGAUUACACAGAAUCCGAUUUAGACAAAGAGUCCACUAUACUUAAAAUAAUAAAAAAAAGUUUUUAAAUUACUGCAUUAUAUUUUGUAAGUGGGUUAAAUCUUUAAUUACACUGCCCUGAGUUUGUAGCCACUGCAAGAUGGUACUGACUACUAGUAGUCUGUAAUCAACCCUUUUUAAUGACUAAAAUAAUGUCUUGUUUAGAAUAUCUACCUGUAUAUCCAAUGUCGUUCUAAUGUUUCUAGUAGCGCAUACUUCCUUUUAAGUCCUAAUAUAUUUACUUUUAUACUUAUAUAUAUUUGUACCUAUGAAAUUAUUGAGAGGUGAAAUCUAGUUUGGACUACUAAAACAUUAGGACAACCAAAACUACUUAAAUAUAGAACCCUGGUAUCUCAAUUAAACAAGAAAAUGUAUUUCAUAUUCAAUUUUAGUCUUUGAAAAGCGGGUAGUCUGAAAUGUAUUACACUGAUGUCAAGAAUACAAUUUCUUAUUAAGUUCUGUUAUUUCAUUGCAAGAUGAAUACAUAUGAUAUAUUGCAAGAUGGAUACAUAUGAUAUAUAUUUGUUGGAAUAAAUAUUCAAAUUAC